CUCUUGAUCACGAGGGAUUUGUCGCUAAGGGGCCUAAUAUGAAUGUGGCUUUUGUGACUAAAGAGAAGGAGCUUAUAAUGCCCCACUUCGAUAAAAUUCUUAGUGGCUGCACAGCUAAGAGGGUUUUGACGCUUGCCGAGAAGUUGUUGAGCAAGGGUAAGCUUCGUGGGAUAAGGAUGAAACAUGUGACUGUUGAGGAAGGAAAGAGUUCCGCUGAAAUGAUGCUUAUUGGCAGUGGCGUUCUUGUUUGCCCUGUAGUGCAGUGGGACGAGCAAGUUAUUGGAGAUGGGAAAGAAGGCCGUAUAUUGAAGGCUCUCUUCAAUCUUAUUGUUGAAGACAUGGAGUCAGCACCCCCUACAGUUCGUAUACCUGUACCAUAUUAAUGUGAUUAUCAUAAU